CUGGUUAUCAUUUUCGCUCCGUCUCGAAAUGCUCGGUUUUUGGACGCUUCAUAAAGAUAACAUCCCAGUGGCCCGAUAAACCACGCGUAGGAAAUUUACUUAGACAAUUAAUGCACAGUACCGAGCAUGGUGAGCUGAGAUUUCGAUUCGAGUUCCCGCGUGUACUGCUCCAAAUAUCUCGUCGUCGCGUGGAGGUGGUGGGAUUCUUGGUAGUGUCAAUUUUGCAGCACGUCUACGGUGUAACAACGUUCGCGGCAGUCAGAAUGCGAUGCAUCGUCGGAAGCUUUCCAGCGGUGUUGGUCUUUGCCAUCUGUUGCGUAGAUCCAAUUUUCGCUUAUUCUCCACUACCGCUCGAAGCCGUCAUCGCAAGGGUAAAUCGUGUUCCACAUUCCGUUUCCCUGCCCUCAGGGUAUGACGUCGGAACGGUACGAAUCGUCGGUGGAAGUAAGACAACUAUCGAGAACGUUCCUUAUCAGGUUUCGCUGCGGUAUUUCAAUAAUCACAUCUGCGGUGGAUCCAUCAUAUCCCACUCGUGGGUGUUGACGGCUGCCCACUGCCUGGAUUGGUAUCCCAACAAUGAUGAAAUUUCAGUCCGUGCCGGGAGCACCUAUCAGUCGGCGGGAGGAUCACUGCAUGCGGUAUUUUACUAUUACCUGCACGACCAGUACGACAUGGCAGAGUUCCAGUGGGACGUGGCGACCGUUCGCGUCCGAACGCCCAUGGUGAGCGGACCGGCGAGAGCACCCAUUCCGCUGUCAUCUUUGCCCGAGUGGUCGAUUGGGGAGCGCGUUACGGUGGCCGGUUGGGGUCACCUGACAUCACAGGCAGGCACGGUCGUCGAUAACUUGCAGAUGGUCCAGCUGGAUGUUGUUCCACGGGAGAUUUGCAACCAGAGCUGGACCGGCUACAUCACGGACGACAUGAUUUGUGCCGGUGGACUGGGUUUGGAUGCAUGUGCGGGAGACAGUGGAGGACCGGCGGUACAGAAUGGGGCACAGUACGGUGUCGUGUCGUGGGGCGCCAUCGAGUGUGGGAACGGUCUGCCAGGAGUGUUCACCAACAUUGCUCAUCCGUCUAUUCGGAAUUUCAUUCGCCGUACCACGAUGGUGUAAUUGUUUCAAGUAACCGUUCUCCAAAGUGGCCGGUCGGACGAUAUGAAGACGUGUGGAGACCGGGGAGUUGGGGAAGUUAAUUAAGAUAAAGAACAUAGCAUUCUGUCGAAUGGAAGCUUACACUCAACAUAAUAUAAACACGCUAGAAAGUGCUUAAUAAUCACUUAAAAAUGUUUAAUUAGGCACGUCCCAAUUCAAUUAAAAUCACAAAUCAAACACUUAUCACAAUGUGCUUUUUCAGAAUGGUUUGCAAUAAAAAAAAAUCCAAUAUUACAAUAACUCAUCAAUGUACAGACAUUAUGCAAAAACUUCGAUCGUGUCUUUGGUUCGGUACCGUUGCCCGGGUAACACCCUCGUUGGAGCUUUUCACAAGUUCCCAGCUUCAUUCGCUUCAAUUUCAUUAACGUGCAAAAUUUCCCCCAACACUCAACGGUUCGUAGCGAAAGUAGCAAAUAUCAAGUCAAUU